GCGGGCCAUGGAGCGGGGACUCGGCCUGGAGCAGCGAGCGGAGCGACUGGUGCGAAGGAGGUGGGGGAGCGGCGCAGCCGCCAAGCGACUCCCGGACCUCCCAAGCCAGGUCCUACUCAGGCCACGCCCCCGUGGGCCAGAGGGGGCGGAACCUCUGCUCAGCUCCGCCCCCGCUGACCCCGCCCCCGUAGGCCCUGUCCCCGACGACCCCCUCAUCCAGUGGCGUCUGAGGCGGCGCCGUGGGGAGGAGCUUGCGCUGGACACGUGCCCAGUGGGCGGGGCGACGCACUGGGAGUCACGUGAGCCCUCCGAGACCCCAAGCAGGGGCCGCUUCUGCACCUCCCACCGCCAGGGGCCGACCUCGUCCCGGCCCCACUCCCAGGAGUCCUUGCAGUGGGAACCAUACCUGCGGUCACGUGAUGCCACUGGAGCCCUGUGGGGGGCGCCAUGUUGGGUGUCACGUGAUCCUCAGGAUGCUCUGCGGCCAAUCAGGAGCAGCGUCCAGGAUGCCCAGCAGGGGGCACCCUCACGGCAGGCACUGGUUUGUCCCCAGGACCCUGUCCUGCGGCUGCUGCGGUGCCACCGCCGGGUCCUACGGGAACAGCUCUGGACUGUUGAGACCCUCCUGGAGCCCACCAGGUACCCCCCCCAACCUGGAGGGGGCCAAUAAAGCAAUGAAACCCCAAAGCUGCAGCUGCAUGGACCCCAAAAUCCCCUCCCCAC